UGUGCGAAUUGAAGGCCUUUGUCUAUGGGCCUGUCUGUGGAUGUCGUUAACAUACCUAUAGUUUACAAAUUAUAAAAUUCUGAAUGCAUUAGGUGCAAGGAUGUAAUUCUCGAGCAGUUUCUUUCAAUAAUUUAGUACAGAGUGCAAACCAGUGCAGCGUUGUGAACGUUUUGAGACACCGCCCAAAUAUUUUUUAGAGCGAAUAAUUGAUCGCAGUUCAGUUCCGUGAUCCGUGUGUCAGGUGUACACCUUGUGUGUCAUCUGUCAUAAUAGACAGUUUUGCGUUCUUCAUUAAUUACGAAUAUGUGUUCACAUGUGAUGAUUAUGAUUCCUGCAACGCGUUUCUGAAAUACAAAUGGAAUAAUAUGCAUUUGGUGUAGGCCUUCUUACCCUGUUAAAAGUAUACUCACCAAAGUUGGUAUUACUGAAAAUGGCUGAUCGUAAAGCAGAACUGGAAAGAAAGAAAGCUAAGCUGCAAGCUAUUCGCGAAGAGAAAGAACGUCGUCGCAGAGAGAAAGAACAGAAAGAUGUGGAGGAGUCCCCACUGCGCGUGGCCGGCGCGGACAAGGACAGCCGCAAGGACCUGGACCAGAUCCUGUCGUCGAUGGGCGUGGCGCCGGUGUCGGAGGUGCUGUCCAGCCUGUCGAGCAUGUCGUCCCUCACGCCGGAGCACAGCAGCAACAACACCCCGGACACCAGCCUGGUCAGCACGGGCCAGCAGGGCAGCGCUGCCGGCAGCAAGAGGAGGCUGCCGCAGCUGAGCGUGGUGACGGUCCAGAGCACCAGCAUCCCGCCCAAGGAGAUGGUCAGCUACACCAAGCAGACCCAGACGGCCACCUCCGGCCACGAGCGGGACGGCAUACAAAGUGGACGUGGCAGUUGGUUCAGCAGAGGAUCGUGCUCAUCGACUUCCUCUCCACUCAAAGGUUAUUUCGAGGACUGGUGGCGGCCUCGCAAAGCUCACGCAACCGACUACUACGACGAGUACAAUCUAAAUCCAGGGUUAGAAUGGGAAGACGAGUUCACAGUUCUCACUUUUGACGACCCGCAAGCGGAGGACGAGGAGAGCUCGCUGCCGCACCUCGACGGGGGAGGGAUGUUCCAGAGCAAGCUGCCCCCGGGCAUCCUUCCCCACGGCCUGCCCCAAGUGAAGGAGGUGCAGCCGGCGGUGACCGCGCUCGAGCAGGAGCAGGCCAAGCAGCCGCCCAAGGAGGUGAGGGAACUGUCAGAAGAAGAGAAACAAAUGAUAAUCCUGUCUGAAGAAUUCCAACGGUUCUUCGACAGAGCAACUCGAAUCAUGGAGAGAGCUCUUUCAGAGUCUGUCGACAUCUACACGGACUACACAGGUGUUAACGAUGGUGAAGAAGGGCUAGAUGAGAAAUCUCACCUUCGAUUGUCAUUGAAUCGCUGGUUCUACGACGAGCGCUGGUCUCGCAACCGGUGCGUCACGUCGCUGGAUUGGUCACCUCAGUUCCCGGAGCUGCUCGUGGCCAGUUACCACAACAAUGACGAUUCGCCUAAUGAUCCCGAUGGCGUCUGCCUGGUGUGGAACACCAAGUUCAAGAAAACCACUCCGGAAUACAUUUUCCACUGUCAGUCACCUGUCAUGGUUUCGACAUUUGCGAGAUUCCAUCCCAACUACAUCUUGGGAGGAACCUACUCGGGCCAGAUAGUGUUGUGGGACAAUCGUGUCCAGAAGCGGACUCCGAGUCAACGAACUCCCUUAUCUGCUACUGCACACACUCACCCGGUGUACUGCGUGAGCGUGGUGGGCACGCAGAACGCCCACAACCUCAUCUCGGUGUCGACGGACGGCAAGCUGUGCUCGUGGAACCUGGACAUGCUGUCUCAGCCGCAGGAGACUCUGGAGCUGCAGCACAAGCAGGGCAAGGCCGUCGCCGUCACCUGCCUCGGCUUCCCCCACAACGAGGUCAACAACUUCGUGGUCGGCAGCGAGGAGGGCUCCGUGUACUCGGCGUGCAGGCACGGCAGCAAGGCGGGCGUGGUGGAGACGUACGACGGGCACCAGGGCCCGGUCACCGGCAUCUCCACCAACACGGUGCAAGGGGGCGUGGACCUCUCGCACCUGUUCCUCACCUCCUCCUUCGACUGGACCGUGAAGCUGUGGAGCCUGAAGGAGAGCAAGCCGCUCUACUCGUUCGAGGACAGCGGGGACUACGUGUACGACGUGGCCUGGUCCCCCAUCCACCCCGCCCUGUUCGCCACCGUGGACGGCAACGGCCUGCUGGACCUGUGGAACCUGAACCAGGAGACGGACGUGCCCACGGCGAGGGUGGCCGUGGACGGCAACCCCGCCCUCAACCGGGUGUCGUGGACGCCGUCCGGCCUGCACGUCACCGUGGGCGACGACCAGGGCAAGAUAUGGGUGUACGACGUCGGCGAGCAACUGGCCCAGCCCCGACACGACGAGUGGACCAAGUUCAUGUACACGCUGCAGGAGCUGAAGAACAACCAGGCGGACGAGGAGAUCGACAAGCUGAACAUGUCAUCCGGACAGAGCGGCAUCGGCAGCCUCGGCAGCCUCGGCAGUCUCUCGACGCCCCUGCGCUAGCUGCUCUCCCUCGCCACGGACUGACGUAGUGUCUUGUGCUCCGCCAACAUUGUCCUGUGCAUUUGUAUGCAGGAGGGUGUCCGGGCAAGUUGUAGUUGGUCGGGAAAGGUUAGAGAAUUCACUUGAAAUCCUGGAAAAGUCAUUCAAAUCUUUCAUUGAAAGUAAUUUGAGGGUACAAUGUAAUUGCCAUCACCAAAACCGUGAAAGCAAAUAUUUAUAAUUUUUUUUUCCAGAUGGUAUUUUAGUGCUUUUACACACUAUGAAAUGGCGCAAGUGAGGUUUUGUUUGAAAUAAAGUGAAAAAGGGAACUGAGCCUUGGAGGUUGAAGAGGCUGAAUUUUCUUUAUUUCUUUCAGAAAAUUGAAAAUAAAUAAAUAAUUUAAUAAAAAAAAUACGGGAUAUUUGUAAUUUUGGUCAUGAAUAUCGGAGAAAUUUUAUUACAAAUUUUUGUGGAUGCCCUGAAAUGCAACUCCAACAAACAUGCUCUUUUGAAUUUUUAAUUCUGUAUACGUUUGAAAUAACUUUGCUUGGCCAGUUACAUUUAUUAGUAAUUUUAUGCCAAUGGUAUUUAAAUGCAUUAGUGUUUUAAAAUACCAAAUAUUUACUACUGCAGUAUAACUCUGACAUAGAAAGUGAUGUGGGAUAUAGGUAACUUCAACAACACGCCAGCUAGCUGGGUCGGCUAUGACACUUGUUUUUACCGUUCUGUCUACAAAUAAGCAGGUCAGUGUUGGCCUUGAAAAGUUUCUUGUGUGUACAGUCUAGGACUAUACUUUGCAUACGACCAAAAUUCACAUUCAGUUUAAUUUAUUACAUUGCUGUUGAAUCCGUCAUCGUCAAUUUAUGUUAUUGGUCAAGGCUUUGAAUGAAACAGGUAAUAUGAAUGUAGUUGUUUCUCUAUAAUUGCUAUUUGAAAUAUAAUAACUGUUGCCCAUUCUGCGAUUCUGAGCAAAUAAUAUGAUGUUUAUUAGCUAGAUUGUACAUAGUUUUAUGAAGUUUUGCUUUGCCUCAUCUCCGAAUAAAUCAUUUCCUACCUCUGACUUCUAAGCAGCUAGUAGUAAACCUAUUUAUUUGUUGGUGUUGAAUGCAGUAACUAAAACUAAUAUAGUAAUCAAUCACCAUUUAAGGAAAAUUUAUUAUUUUAUUGUUAAAGCGAUUGCCUGUUUAAGAAUGAAAAGCAAUCAUUUAUAAUUUUGUAAUAUUUAUUGCAGGAGUGUUUCAGAAAAUGGUACAUUAUUCUGGUUAGAAGUAUUGUAAAGUCAUAGCAAAUGAAGUUCAUAAUUGUACUUAGAAGUUAUUAUUUAUGUUUACUAUACUUGCUAAAAUUGCCUAAAAGAAAAUAAGGAUUAAUAAGUAAUGGAAACGUGUAUAAUUUUUUAUUCUCUUACAGGUAUUAGUUGUUAACCAUCAGUAUUUUUUUAGUAUGUUUUUUUCUCUCUUGCUUUAGUGAAAUUUCUGAAACUCUUCUUUUUAACAACAUAGAGGCUAAAGUCUGUAAUUGUUUUGUUACCUGCUAUGUACUUUACUUUGUUUCUUUAAAUUGUCCACAGUCACAAAUAAUUUUAUUUUGCUUAAAAUUCUGAAUGCAUAAAUUUACAUAUUCGGACAUAUAUGUGCUAAAUUCAUGCGAUGUAUACAUAACAUGUUAGUAAUAAACAUCACUUGUUGAAAAUUAUAUACUUUAUUGUCAUCUAGUUGAUGCAGUUUAAUGUCAAAAUAUGUUUGUAUAUUUUUACUGUGUCUUGCAUGGUUAAAUUUUUUGUUGUAUAGUUUGGACACCAAAGAAACAGUCAAAUUUAGAAAAUUAGUGAAAUUUAUUUUUGUGUGUGUGUAUACAUACAUAUUUAAUUUCAAUUAGAUGACCUGUAAAUUUUGAGAAUUUCAUCAUUAUAAAAUAAUAAAGAAAGCUUUGAUUACAUUCAAGGCACUGUAAUUUGUAAAUAGUGUUUUUCCAAAGAAUGUUUUGAAGUUCUUGCAGCUCACACAUCUUGAGCAAAUUGAAUUAUCUGGUAUUGUGCUUACCAUUAUGGUAGGCAUAUACUUUAAAAUAUUUAAAUUAUUUAAUUUUCAUGCCAUUCUAUUGCAACUGUUAGGUUUCUGCCGUGUGGCCGAAAAUCCCUAUAAUUAAUUAACAGUUAUAUGAUAGGGUACUUGCAACAUCUGAAUAUCAGUAGGUAUGUACCUAAUUUUUAUUAUGUUAUUUUUCUUUUUCACUUUGUGGACCUAGUUAACAUUACAGUUUUUGCUUACAUAAUUUAAACAGGUAAAUUUAACAAGAUAUAAUUCUGCUCUUGUACUUUUUAUUAUAACAUCACAUUUAAUUAGUCAUAAUGUGAUUUUCAGUAUACUGAUAUUUGUUUUAUUUUUUUUAUGGCAUUUUUAAUUUAUGUUUUAAAUAUUUAAUUACGAUGCCAAUAUAAUACCUACAUACACAAGAUGCUGCUAAAUACUUGUUAUUAAUUGUGUUGUAUAUUUGUUUCUAAUGUUUUAAUAAAUAUAUGAUUUUGAAAA